AUGGCGCUGGACACUGAGUUUGGUGUGAAGGGAAGCAGCAUCAUCAGGGAAUGGAGUGGACAGGUCCAGCCGGCUCUGGUUGCCUCCUUAAUUUUCCUCUUCUGUCUGGAAGCCUGUCUGUGGGUCAGGAACCUGAGGCUGAAAAGAAGACUGCCAGGACCCUUCGCCUGGCCCGUGGUUGGCAACGCCAUGCAGCUGGGCCAAAUGCCUCACAUUACUUUUGCCAAACUAGCAAAAAAAUAUGGCAAUGUGUACCAGAUACGACUAGGUUGCAGUGACAUUGUGGUUCUGAAUGGAGAAAGAGCUAUCCGUCAGGCUCUGGUACAGCACAGCACAGAGUUUGCAGGCAGACCAAACUUUGCCUCUUUCCAGAUGAUCUCUGGAGGCAGGAGCAUGACAUUUACUAAUUACAGCAAACAGUGGAAAGCGCACAGGAAAAUUGCCCAGUCCAGCCUUAGAGCCUUUUCCUCUGCAAACAGUCAGACCAAAAAAGCCUUUGAGCAGCAUGUUACAGCUGAGGCCAUGGAACUGGUGCAGGUAUUUUUACGCCACAGCACUGAUGGACGGUAUUUUGACCCUUCUUAUGAAUUUACAGUAGCUGCUGCAAAUGUGAUAUGCGCUCUCUGCUUUGGGAGGCGAUAUGGACAUGAUGACCUGGAGUUCAGGACCCUGUUGAGAAGGGUGAACAAGUUUGGAGAGACAGUAGGGGCAGGUAGCUUGGUAGAUGUCAUGCCCUGGCUUAAAUCCUUCCCUAACCCAGUCCGCAGUGUCUAUGAAAACUUUAAAAACCUCAACGAGGAGUUUUUCGCCUUUGUGAAAGAUAAAGUGGUGGAGCACAGAGAAUCCUUCAACCCUGACAUCACCCGGGACAUGAGUGAUGCCAUCAUCAAUGUGAUCGAGCAUGGGAAGGACAGCGGACUGACCAAAGAGUUUGUAGAAGCAACUGUCACAGAUUUAAUUGGAGCAGGUCAAGACACAGCAUCAACCUUCAUGCAGUGGAUUGUCCUGCUCCUGGUUAAAUACCCAGACAUGCAAGCCAAACUACAGGAGCUCAUAGACAAAGUGGUAGGCCAAGACCGACUGCCAUCAGUUGAGGACAGAAGUAACCUGGCAUUACUGGACGCCUUCAUCUAUGAGACCAUGCGCUUCACCAGCUUCGUCCCUGUCACCAUCCCACAUUCCACCACCUCAGACGUCACUAUUGAGGGUCUCCACAUCCCCAAAGACACAGUGGUCUUCAUCAAUCAGUGGUCUGUCAACAAUGACCCCCUGACAUGGAAGGACCCACACAUCUUUGAUCCGACACGCUUCCUUGAUGAAAACGGGGCCCUCGAUAAAGACAAAACCAACAGUGUCAUGAUUUUUUCAAUGGGUAAAAGACGAUGUAUUGGUGACCAGAUCGCCAAGGUGACAGUGUUUUUAUUCACAGCAGUCUUGCUGCAUCAGUGUAGCUUUGAGAGCGACCCCUCUGAGCCCCUCACUCUUGACUGCUCCUACGGGCUCUCGCUGAAGCCCCUCCGAUUCUGUGUCAGCGCUAAGCUCAGGGGAAAGCUGCUUGGCUUAGUUUCCCCAGCAUGAACAUCCCAAUACUGUGACUCAAGGCCAGCAAAGACUAUACACUUCCCCACCAAUAACAUUUAACAGUGAGUAUCAGCAUACGUGCACUAAAUCCUAUUGUUUUAAGACUUUCAUAUUUAAUGAUGAUAUUUAAUGAAUAUCUUAACAUGGUCUGUCUUUGAAUUAUUGUUCAGGGCUGAGAAUAUGAUUUCAAAGAUGUAAUGUUAGUUAGAGUUAGAAUUCAAGCUCAUGGACUGUUGGGAUUGGUGCAAAAGGGAUGGCAUUUCUGCUUCACAAAAUAUACUUGAUCAGAUUUUGUACAUUAUUGUAAUUCUGAGUGGUUUGCUUGUUUUUCAUCCACUAUUGAGCAUGUACAUGUGCAGAAUUAGCCACAUCCCUUAAAUGUCAAUUUAAACUAACAUAACUGUAUAUGAAAUGCUUGUGAAUGUAAUGAAGUCACUUAAUUGUUCUUAAUUGUAAUAUGUAAAGAAUAUAUUUAAUCUUUGCUACAUAAAGAAGUUACAAAAUAUUGUUUUUAUAAGUUCAUAUUUCAGGUAUGAAAAUAAAUGUAAUGAAGUUUAAUCUAUUUCACUAUCUACUGUACUCAAAGCAUUUGAACACAUUAAACAAAGAAUGUUGAUGAAAAGAAAAAUAGAGAAGCCGGGAAGCCAAGAGGAAGUCUUUCAUCAAGGAUCAUCCGUCAGUGAAGAAGAGACAUUGCCAUGAACCAUGAAUACUUCCCAAACUUUAUGUAACCAGGGUUUUGUUUUACUGUACAAGCACUGAGGCUACCCCAUGCCAAACACAAGUCUCAUCAGUACACACAAUGCAGAUGUUUAGCAUUUUUUUUCAGUCAUGAGGCAUUAUCAUAUCAAUGUUUGUUUGCAAAGUUUACAAAGUAAGAUCUUCAGAGCUACUUGGAUGUCACUACAAUCUCUUAUUCAAGAAUUUAUGCUAUA